UAUUCUUCACUUAGGUGACGUUUAGAUCUUCAUCAGUACUGUAUAUUAAACAAAUUCUGAUAACCACAAGUGGAUUAUUUAAACUUUUUCCAAACGAGUAAAACGGUUCAGCAGUUUUAAAGGCAAAGAAGAGAAAAGAUCUGAAGGGGUCUGAACUCCAGCAGCAGUCGUACUCUACAGAGCAACUUUGAUCAGUUUGACAUACUACAGAAGAUUUCUGUGGUUUUGAUUUUUCACAUUUUACCCCUAAAAGACGUAGCUUGGGAGACAAAAGUGAUUUGCAGGAAAUCUCAGAUGUUUUAAAAUCAUGAUCCUAACACUACUGGCGCAGAUGCGGUUCUUUGCUGUAGUCUUCCUGCUCGUUUUAACUCGGAGCUCAACCAUCAAAGCAAGGAAAUGUCCCAAAGAGUGCAGCUGUGAUGACUCCAAACUGACGGUGGUCUGCGCUGGCAAGAACUUGACAGAGAUUCCCCUGGGAGUAGACGAGAUAACGGUCAAGCUGGAUCUAAAGAACAACAACUUCCAGAUGCUACCCAGAGGCUCGUUUCUUCACACACCGUACCUCACCCACCUCAGCCUGCAGCGGUGCAGCAUCUCCAAGGUAAAGGAGGGAGCGUUUCGUGGUCUUGGUCGAGUGGUCUCCCUGAACCUGGCCUACAACAAAAUUGACAUCCUUUACCAGGAGUCAUUUGACGGCCUCUCAUCCUUGAAGGAGCUGCACCUGGACCACAAUCAUAUCGAGGAGAUCCAGCCUGGAGCCUUCAUGCAGCUCGGCCUCCUCAACGUGCUGGCCCUCACCCACAACCGCCUGGUUUACAUCCCCAACAUGGCCUUCCAGGGCUUGCAAAACAUGAAAUGGCUGCGUCUUAGCUACAACUCCCUGAACAACCUGGCGCCUGAAGCGUUUGCAGGGCUGUUCGCACUCAGCCGCCUCAGCCUGGAUCACAAUGAGCUGCAGUUCUUCCCCACACAGACAAUGACAAGGCUCCCUGAAGUCAAACGGCUGGAGCUGAGCUACAACCGCAUGACCUACCUCGGAGAAGGAUCCGUCUCCAUGAGGAAGCUGACGCACCUCCACCUGGAUCACAUGUCCCUUCAGGAUCUGUCAGACCAGGCGUUUUCCCAGGCCCGGCUCCUGUCCCACGUUGACCUUGGCCACAAUCAGCUCCGAUACCUAGAACCUCUCACGGGCCCAACGAAGUUGGCCAUCCUCAACCUGACCGGCAACCCGAUCUACUGCGACUGCCACAUGAGGCCUCUGAAGCGAUGGGCAACGGUUGGAGGAGCGAAGCUGCUGGGAGCCUGCGCAGGACCGGCUCACCUCUCUGACGAGCCGCUCCGAACCGUCACCUCCUCGCAUCUGCGCUGCCGCAGCGGGGCGGACGCUCUGAAGGACGAAGAGGAGGAAGAGGGAGAGGAGCAGGAGAGCGAUGGCGACAUCACGGCCACGGCCACGCCCAAGCAGACGGUCAAGUGUCCACUCAGCUGUGAAUGUGACACUGAAGCCCAUCAUGCCACGUGUGAGAGCCGGGGUUUUAAUAAAGUCCCUCAAGGCUUCCCCACCAGGACUCAGCUCCUCGACCUGCGUGGCAACCACUUCCAUUUCAUCCCCACCAGCAGCUUCCCAGGCACCGGCCGAGUCGUGUCUCUUCACCUGGAGCUCUGCAAAAUCCACGAAAUCGAAGGCGGGGCCUUCCAGGGAAUGAGAAACCUGCUUUAUUUGUAUCUGUCUGACAAUGACCUCACGUCCUUGGAGCCCGAAGCGUUCGCUGGAGUCCCGAAGCUCACCUAUCUUCACUUGGAGGGGAACCGACUAACACAAGUCCCUGGAGCAGCUCUGUCACUCUUACCAAAUUUGUUUGUUUUGCAUCUGGAGCGAAAUGCCAUCUCAAAGCUGGAGCCCGCAGGUUUACCGUCCUCGGCCGCUCCUACGCUGAUGGACCUAUACCUGAGCAACAACGCCAUCAGCGGUAUCGCCAAAGGGGCCCUGAGCUUUGCUCCCAUUGGAACGCUUCACCUGGACUCAAACAAUCUGACCGAGGUGCCUGCCGACGCUCUGGCUGACGCCCCGCGCCUCGAGGAGCUGAACCUGUCUGGAAACUCAGUCCGCUGGAUCGGACCCAGGGCUUUCCGGCACGCAUCGCAGAGUCUUCGCAGGCUUUACAUGGAUCGUAUGGGGAUCGAAAAGAUGUCGAAGGAGGCCCUGCUGGGCCUGGGACCUGGACUGACGGUGCUGACUGUGAGAGGAAACCAGCUGAGGGAGCUUCCUGACCUGAGCGCGCUCACCGGCCUUGAGACCAUCGACCUGCGGGACAACCCUCUGCUGUGUGACUGCGCUCUGUUGCCCCUUCGCAGGUGGAUAGACAAUGCGAAGUUGGAGGUUGCAGCAACAUGUGGUCACCCUCUUGAGCUUAGGGGUCAGCAGGUGGCAGACACCAACAUCUUUGCUACCUGCCCAGAAAACGCUACAAUUUCUACGGAGAUGGGUGCUGUAGGGUCCAGACCUGUAAAAAUAAAAUCCGCCAGAGUGAAAGCGAGGCCAGGAAAGCCCAAGCUGGACAAAGUAUCCAGGACCCAGCAUCGGAGAAAGGCUGCGAAGCAAAAGGCCAAGAACAAGAAGAUGAACGAAGCAAAAAUGGGAAAUUGAGUUUCUUUGUAACGAGCUGUUUCAUUGUAGAUAUGUGUUUGCUGUUAGAUUAUUGUCGAAGCAUGUUCCAGUGAUCCGUUUACUAUAAUAUCAUAACUAUAUAAUGUACGACAACCUGUAUAAUAAUUAUGCACUUUCAGCUAAAAAGGAAUACUUGUAGUAAAUGGUUGGAUGAAGGUUAAAAUCCACUAUGAAUGUGUGUCAUAAGACUUAUCAUAACAGUACAUUGAGAAGAGGCCUGGUCUAGUUUUUUUCUGAAUCUCUCUUUGACAUGUUUUGCUAACUUUUGCUGUCAUGUCUGAAAAUAAAGUUAUGGGUAUCAUUAACAUUCAGAAACAAUCUGUAUCUUUCA